AUGACAAUAUCAAAAGACAUUGACGAUAUUUUCGCUUCUUCCAAAAAACCAAAACCUUCUUCAUCCAUCCCUAAUACUUCCCACAUCUCUAAGACACACUCCAAGUCCCAAGAAUCUCAUUCCAAAGCUCCACACGUAUCUUCAGUCUCUAAGAAAUCAUUCAAGUCAAAACAUUCAGAAUCAGAUUCAUCAUCGCAUCCUUCCUCUGAGAACAGCAAGAAAGAUGUCGGAUCAGGGAAUGGGUUUCACGUUAAUCCUCAAAUUGACACCAGUAAUACCAAAACUACAAAGAAGAAAAGAAGACAUGGGAAAGAAGAGGAGAAAGAGAAGGAGACGGAGACAGAGAGUUUGACACCAGUUUCAGAAAAAGUCCAAAUUAUCGAUACUACUCUCCCUACCAAAUCACUAGGAAAGAAAAGGAGGAAAGAAAAUGAAGAAGAUGAGAUUUUUAGGGAUUCAAAAGGUAUUAGAAGAAAAACGGAAGAAGGUUUUUUGAUUUAUAAAGAAUCAGAAUUAGGUAUCGAUCCUACUUCUGGAGGAACACCUUUGUGUCCAUUUGAUUGUGAUUGUUGCUUCUAG